UUUCUCUCUCCUCUCUUUCAAUACCGCGAAAUCUCAAAAAAUAAAAUAAAAUUCAGUUGUUUUUUUUCCAUUUGUAUUUCCUUCAUCCUUCUUUGUUUCUUCAUUUGAAAUCCCUAAUUAAAACCCUACCCAUAAAUCUUUCCUUUAAUUGUUAAAAAUCAAAAUCAAAUUAAGUGCUGAGUUAUCAGAUCUGUGUUCCAAUUUUUGUGGUUUUUUUUCCAAUUCUUUGGGUGUUUAUCCGUAGAUCUCUCAAAAGUUGUUUUUCUGUAUAUUUCGAUAUUCAGAUUUGGGAUUUUCGAGUUUUGAGUUGUGGAGGCAGGGUAAAAUUGAAGAAAGUUUUUCUGGAAUUGGUUAGUUUUUUUUUUUUUUUUUUUUUUAGGGUGGCUAAGUAAUUUUUUUUUUUUUUUGGAGUUGUGGUGAGUUUUUUUUUAAGUUAAUUGUUUGUUCAUUUUCUGAAUAAAUUUGUGUUUGUGUAUGUUUUUGUGUGGUGGUUUGAGUUUGUGAUAAGGUGUAUUUUGAGAUGGGGGAAGGGGAACGUGGCGUUUGUAUCGCGGUAAUGAGUGAUGGAAUGAUGGAAAUUGAGAAACCGGUUGAUGUUGAUUCAAAGUGUGAUAGACAACGGGUUGUAGAUGGAACUGAACAGGACUUAUGUGUUGAGAAGCAGAAAUGUGAAACUUUAGAAUUAGUGGCAUUGGGUGAUGGAAUGAUGGAGAUUGAGAAACCCGUAAAUGUUGAUUCAGAGUGUGAUAGACAACGGGUUGUAGAUGCUACUGAACAGGAGUUAUGUGUUGAGAAGCAGAAAUGUGAAACUUUAGAUGGUGUAGAAGUAGUGGCAAUGAGUGAUGGAAUGAUGGAAAUUGAGAAACCCGUAAAUGUUGAUUCAAAAUGUGAAAGAGAACAGGUUGUAGAGGCUACUGAACCGGAGCUAUGUGUUGAGAAGCAGAAAUGUGAAACUUUAGAUGGUGUAGAAGUAGCGACAAUGAGUGAUGUAAUGAUGGAGAUUGAGAAACCCGUAAAUGUUGAUUCAAAGUGUGAUAGACAACAGGUUGCAGAUGCUACUAGACAGGAGUUAUGUGUUGAGAGGCAGAAAUGUGAAACUUUAGAUGGUGUAGAAGUAGUUCCAAUGAGUGAUGGAAUGAUGGAGAUCGAGAAACCCAUAGAUGUUGUUUCAAAGUGUGACAGACAAUGGGUUGUAGAUGCUACUGAACAACAGGAGCUAUGUGUUGAGAUGCAAAAAAUUGAAACUUUAGAUGCUGUAGAAUUAGCUGCAAUGAGUGAUGGAAUGAUAGAGAUUGAAAAACCUGUGAAUGUUGAUUCAAAGUGUGACGGACAAUGGGUUGUGGAUGCUACUGAACCAGAGCAAUGUGUAAAGAAGCAGAAAUUUGAAACUUUAGAUGGUGUAGAAUUACCUGCAAUGAGUGAUGGAAUGAUGGAGAUUGAGAAACCCAUGAAUGUUGAUUCAAAGUGUGACAGACAAUGGGUUGUAGAUGCUAUUGAACCGGAGCUAUGUGUUGAGAAGCAGAAAUUUGAAACUUCAGAUGCUGUACAAUUUGUGGCAAUGAAUGAUGGAAUGGUGGAAAUUGAGAAACCCAUAAAUGUUGGUUCAAAGAGUGACAGACAAGGGGUUGUAGAUGCUACUGAACAGGAGCUAUGUGUUGAGAAGCAGAAAUUUGAAACUUUAGAUGCUGUAGAAUUAGAUUGUCGUGUGACUAAUCACACUACGAAUUGCGCAUCUGAAACUGUAGAUGGCGUAGAAGUAGAAUGUUCUGCCACAAACUGUGCACCUGAAACUGUAGAUGGUGUAGAAACAGAGUGUUGUGCCACAAAUCGCGAACCUGAAACUAUAGAUGGUGUAGAAUUAGAAGGCUGUGCCACAAAUCAUGAACCUGAAACUUUAAACACAGAGGAAUUGGAGUCAGGUGACAUGCAGCCAAAGAGGUUGAAUAAUUGUGAUGUCCAGCCGGAUGUAAGGAUUGACUUGAAGGAAGCUUCGAAUGAUGAUAUGUUGUCUGAAGUUUCAAAUCCAAAUUUGUCUCCAAGAGAGAACACUUCAAGUUUCCAGACUAUCAGUAGUCAAGGGGUGGAUUUGUUGGGUAAUAAUCAAGGUGGUUCCGGAGAGAUUACAUCUUUUUCUUCGGGGAAUUCAAGUGCGGAGGAGAGUGUCAGUGAAGAAGAGCAUAAUCAAAUUGAUGCAUCUAAGGCAGUUGCCAAGUCCUCUGUGGUUCUUGAAAUACCGAAGGAAUUCAGCACAACUGGUGUCAGGAAGAUUAUAUUCAAGUUUAGCAAAAGGAAGGAGGAUUAUGGUAAUGCAUCUGCUGAGGCUGCUAUGCCUGUGACUGCCGGGGUUGAUGAUGGCUUUAGUGAAGCACAGGCAUGGAAUCCUUUGGAAUCUGAUGAUAGAGAUCCCUUUUUAUGUCCUCUAAACAGGGAACUAAAAAUGUCUAAGAAGGUCACUUCUGAUGCUUACCCGACAAAUGUCAAGAAGCUUCUGUCGACUGGAAUUUUAGAAGGAGCACGGGUGAAGUACAUUUCAACUUCUAGGAAGAGGGAGCUACUUGGAAUCAUUAAAGAUUAUGGAUACUUGUGUGGUUGUUCACUCUGCAAUUUCUCCAAAGUUCUCAGUGCUUACGAAUUUGAAAUGCACGCUGGGGGCAAGACUAGACACCCGAACAAUCAUAUUUAUUUGGAGAAUGGAAAACCUAUUUACAGGAUAAUUCAAGAGUUGAAGACUGCACCACUUAGUCAACUAGAAGAAGUUGUAAAAGACGUGGCUGGUUCUUCUAUUAAUGAGCAAUAUCUGGAGGCUUGGAAAGCAAAACUCUUCCUGCAGCACCAUGAGGUGGCUAGUGCUUACCAAUAUUCUCAUGGAAAAGUUUCAGGGAUGUAUCAGUAUAAGCCAAGUGAUUGCAGUUCGGUGAUGGAAGAUGGCUUAUAUCCUGCUUCGUACUCGUAUAUUGACAACUUUCCUCCAAAUUCAUGUAGCUUUAUGGAGACUGCAGAAUCAUGGAAGCAUGUGGUUAAAAAGCCAAGGUACAAUUUUUCCAGCUCAACAGCAGAGCCAAAGAAACCUGCUGAAGGUGGCACAAAAAAAAGGGAUAAUGACUUGCACCGAUCACUGUUCAUGCCAAAUGGACUUCCCGAUGGUACUGAUUUGUCAUAUUAUUCUAAGGGGAAGAAAGUUCUGGGGGGCUACAAGCAGGGGAAUGGCAUAGUCUGCAGCUGCUGUGAUACUGAGAUAAGUCCUUCCCAGUUUGAGGCUCAUGCUGGAUGUGCAGCUAAACGUCAACCCUACCGUCACAUCUACACAUCCAACGGACUUACCCUACAUGAUAUAGCAUUAAUGCUGGCAAAUGGUCAAAGUAUUGCCACCAAUAACAGCGACGAUAUGUGUACAAUAUGUGGCGAUGCAGGAGAUCUGAUUUGCUGUGAAGGGUGUCCCCGGGCUUUUCAUGCAGCUUGUAUAGGUCUACAGUGUACCCCGACUAGUGGUUGGCUCUGUUCAUAUUGUAGAGACAAAUUUGUCCCUGGUAGGAAAACUGCUGGAGAUGCUGGACCAAUUAUGAUACGGUUGACAAGAGUGGUUAAAGCUCCAGAAUCUGAAAGUGGUGGGUGCGUUGUUUGCAGGACCCCGGACUUCAGCGUUGCCAAAUUUGAUGAUCGGACAGUUAUGCUCUGUGACCAGUGUGAGAAGGAAUACCAUGUUGGGUGUCUGCGGGAAAGUGGGAGGUGUGAUCUGAAAGAACUUCCGAAGGAUAAAUGGUUUUGUUGCAAUGACUGCAAUAAAAUUUAUGUGGUACUUCAGAAUUGUGUUUUGAAGGGAGCUGAGGUCAUUCCAACUCCUGCAGCAUCUGCCGUAACUAAGAAGCAAGUCCAGAAAUGUUUAAUGGAUACAGCUACAGAUGACAUUCAGUGGCGUAUCUUAAGUGGGAAGAGUCGCUUCCCGGAGCAUCUACCUCUUCUAUCCAGUGCAGCAGUAAUCUUUAGGGAGUGCUUUGAUCCUAUUGUUGCCAAAUCUGGACGAGAUCUUAUACCUGUUAUGGUUUAUGGGAGAAACAUCUCAGGUCAAGAAUUUGGGGGAAUGUAUUGCAUCGUUUUGAUUGUGAAGUCAGUAGUUGUAUCAGCUGCUCUUCUCAGGAUUUUUGGGCAAGAGGUUGCUGAACUCCCUAUGGUGGCUACAAGUAGAGAAAACCAAGGCAAAGGUUAUUUCCGGGCGUUAUUUGGAUCUAUUGAAAUUCUAUUAUCUUCAAUGCAUGUUAAAAACCUGGUUCUGCCAGCUGCUGAAGAGGCUAAAUCCAUCUGGACAAAUAAACUGGGUUUCAGAAAGAUGACUGAUGAGCGCUAUCUGGAGUAUUCAAGAGACUUCACGUUGACGGAAUUCAAUGGGACAUCAAUGUUGGAGAAGGAAGUGCAGCAGACAUCUUAUGAAUUGUAAUUCAUCUAUGUGAAGAAUGUGCGCAAGGAGCUACAUUGCUACAUAUUUGCACACACCUCAUAUUUAAGGAGGAGGGAGACGUCUAUUAUACUCGAUGAUCUGAAAUGGAGCUGGAAAUAGAGAAAGUGGUGCUUUCAUUGCAGAACAAUCUUUUCUUCGGUACCUUAGAACAUGCAAAAUGUACCUCUAGCUGGUGAAUUAGUUUCAAGGUGAUUGAAUAGUUCAUGAGGCAAGGUGUUCCUGGAGGUACACCAUGUUGAUGACGGACCUUAUGGGGAUCAUCCUUAGAUGCAAGGACAAGUGUUUUUUAUUCAUUAUUUACCGCUAUAUUUUCAUAAAGUAGUCUGUCGGGUUUAUAGAUUAGUUUUCAGAUGAUGUAUAAAAGAGCAGCUGAGGAACUGCUCUUCUGAAGUCCUUGAGGCAUGCUGACCUUUUAUCAUGCGUGCGUGGGGGCAAACGUUUUUACCCCUUCUUUUCGCAGUGCUAGUUUCCUAUUGUACAUUUGCAUACAGAGAAAAUUUUGCCAGAAAGUAAUGUAGGAUACAUAUCUUAUACAGGG